AUGGACGACUUGGAAUUAAAGCGUGACAUGAAACCCUUUCCCUUCAACAUUGUUGACAAGGGCGGUCAACCCGCUAUUUUGAUAGGUUACAAGGGCGACACACGCCAAUUUCAAGUUCCUUUCCUAACCUCUGUUGCCCUCGUUACUCACCUGUUUCUCACCAUUUCAGACGUUUCUUUCGUGGUUGAGGAGCUUCUCAUUGCCAUAGUCAACAAGAAGUCCUCGGGGUUCCCCGGGACAUUAUGUUUGUUUAUCGAUAUCAUUGCUGAUGCUAUAGCUCCCACGCUCGAGCUUCAACGUUGUCGACACGUCGAGUCCCCACAGUAA